AUGUCACAGCAAGUUUCAACUAGUAUGUCUAGAUUAUUAAACGGUCUGGGUCUAGACGGUGAAGAACAUAGAAUAUGUGAUUUCACUAUCGCAGAUCAAAAUUCUGUCGCAGAAUCUCAAGGUAUUACACCUACCACUCCUUCGAAUUUCAAACCGGUACUUGGCAGCAACGUCACUUACGUCGUUGCUUGUGUGAUUAUAAACGAAGCUAAUGAGGUCUUGAUGAUGCAAGAAGCAAAGGAGAGUUGUGCUGGUAAGUGGUAUCUACCGGCAGGACGUAUGGAGACAGGUGAAAGUAUUGUGCAAGCUGUUGCCAGAGAAGUUCUUGAAGAGACAGGUCUAGAAUGUACACCUACCACCCUCUUGGUAGUAGAAACUGCAGGCGGGAUGUGGUACAGGUUUGUUAUGACUGCAAAAGUAGUUGGUGGUGAAUUGAAAACACCAGCUAAGGCUGAUAAGGAGUCCUUACAAGCCAAAUGGGUUGCUGACCUGCAAGAAAUCACUUUAAGAUCUAAUGACAUAAUACACCUUAUAGAGAAGGCUCAAGCUUACCAUCAAAAUAAAAACAGUAAUUUAUGGCAUGGUCAUAUACUGCCAGCAUCAACACCACAUGUUAAAGAUUUACUGAGGUUGAUUGUUGUUAUCAAAAAAAGAAGUACGAAUAAGUUGCAUGUACUACUGAGUGAAAAAACUGCUUUGCAUUAUCCAACAUGUGAAAUUAAUCCAGGAAAAAGUGUUCAUUCAACUUUGAGAAGAUUUAUGGUUGAGAUGUUUGGAGCUGAUGUAGGUCAACACCGCCCAUUGGGUCUACUUAACUUGGAACAUGAUCCAGCAGCAGAUGGAUGCUGCCUUACACUACUUGUAGCUUUUCGAGCACCUCUCGAAGAGGUACCAUUAAUAGGCAAGUGUGUCUGGCAAGAGUUGCACACUGAUAUUGAAAACAGACUGCUUUCAAUUAUAACAACUAAAAAUUCAUCUAUAGAACUACAUGUGGUACGUUAA